UGUUGUCGCAAGCUAAACGUGCGCUUUAAUUGGGUGGCCCUCCAGUCAUUACUAUGGGCGUGGAACCUGUAAAAAGGGGACCUCGCAGCAGUAGACAGUAGUAGCAUUUACCGGGCUGAUUUAUUUUGUGAUGGGAAACUCUGACGACCUAAUAACGUUUCAAGUUAAAUACUGAGGAUAUUUACCCGGACUCUAUGGACAUCAGCAUAACAACUCUUGAAGAUUCAUCGCCUCUGAAAGUCGUAUGACAGACACUCGCGCAGGUAAGCUGCAGAAAGAUCAACGGCACGCGUAUUUCCCACAUCGGAUGAGUCGAGGCCGGGAAGCAAGAUUGAUGUGCACACUGACAUCGUUCCGUUGAUACCCCCAUGCUGAAGAAUUGUCACCGGGCGUGUGCUGCAGAUAUUCGGCCCCCACUCCAUCUUCACUUUGGGAAUAGCCAUGGCAAUCAUCUGGAAACGUCAGUGACUCAACAAUUAAAUCGCCAUGGAAUCGGGUGCCGAGCCCGAUGGAUUUAAAUACCCAUCUCUUCCCAAUUCACAAUGCGAACUCAACAUAAAUAUGUAUGAGACUAUCAGAGAUGGAAACGUCACUAAUAUGGACACUUCGACGGUCGUGAGAGGUGGGAGCGACCCAAGUGCAUAUCCUCCAUCGAAUUAUCAGCGGAUCGUGCGCCAAAGAUUCAUCAGGAGAAGUUUGUGGUUCUCAGACUCUGAUGAGCAGGCCUUUGAGGUGCCAGAAUGUGACAACCGGAGUAAAAUCCUCAAUGUAAGCCUGCGCACGAUAGUUGACAGGACACGGGGGGCUCAGUUAGGGCCACAGGAGAGCUCCAGUCCCGAGAGUCAAGGGGGGAAGAAAGACAGCGCCACAGAGAGCGCCAGCGCUGAUGAGAAGGAGAAGACUGUGGAUAAAUUGAAUGUUGCAUCCACCGACGGCAGUAAAAACACUGUCAGAACUGCUAGCGAGGAGGAAGAGGCUGAGAUGAAAGCUGUUUCCACGUCCCCUGGGGGACGGUUUCUCAAGUUCGAUAUCGAGCUCGGGAGAGGGUCCUUCAAGACUGUCUAUAAAGGUCUGGAUACUGACACCUGGGUGGAAGUUGCCUGGUGUGAACUUCAGGACCGUAAGCUGACCAAAGUGGAGCGUCAGCGGUUUAAGGAGGAGGCCGAGAUGCUGAAGGGGCUGCAGCACCCCAACAUCGUCCGCUUCUAUGACUUUUGGGAGUCACCCCUCAAAGGGAAGAAGUGCAUUGUCCUGGUGACGGAGCUCAUGACCUCCGGAACACUCAAAACCUAUCUGAAGCGCUUCAAGGUGAUGAAACCCAAGGUCUUAAGGAGUUGGUGUAGACAGAUCCUAAAGGGCCUCCACUUCCUCCACACCCGGGACCCUCCUAUCAUCCACAGGGACCUGAAGUGUGACAACAUCUUCAUCACGGGCCCCACCGGCUCUGUAAAGAUAGGAGACCUGGGCCUGGCCACACUCAAGAGGGCCUCCUUCGCCAAGAGUGUCAUAGGAACCCCAGAGUUCAUGGCCCCAGAGAUGUAUGAGGAGCACUAUGACGAGGCAGUGGACGUCUAUGCCUUUGGGAUGUGUAUGCUGGAGAUGGCCACCUCAGAGUACCCCUACUCGGAGUGCCAGAACGCUGCACAGAUCUAUCGCAAAGUUACCAGCGGAGUGAAGCCUGCCAGCUUCAACAAGGUUGUGGAUCCUGAAAUCAAGGAGAUCAUUGGCGAGUGCAUCUGCCAAAAGAAAGCGGAGCGGUACUCUAUAAAGGACCUGCUGAACCAUGCCUUCUUUGCGGAGGACACAGGGGUGCGGGUGGAGCUGGCAGAGGAUGAUGAUGGGAAGAAGGAAGCUAUCGCCCUGAAACUGUGGGUGGAAGACCCCAAGAAGCUGAAGGGGAAGUACAAGGAGAGUGGCGCAAUUGAGUUCACCUUUGAGCUGGAGAAAGAGACACCAGAGGGCGUAGCCCAAGAGAUGGUGGAAUCUGGGUUCUUCCAUGAGAGUGAUGCUAAGAUUGUGGGGAAGUCUAUCCGAGACCGUGUAGCGCUGAUCAAAUGGAGGAGAGAGAGGUCCGUAUUGGCAGGACCCCCAGUGGACAUAGGAGAGGCAGGACUCGGGGCCCAGUCAGCCCCGGCCCAGGGGGCCUCUGCUGGGGCUACACAGGCAGUACAGCCCCCUCUGCUGGAGCCAGAGACAGACCAGCACGCCAGGCUGCGUAACCUUCCAGCCAGCGCCACCUCUGUCACAUCAGACAGUACGUUUGACAGCGGCCUAGGCUCCGCUGUGUACUCUGACUCCAACAGCAGCCAACACAAUGUCCUCUACCAGUCCCUAGUGGAGCCCAUCACCAAGGCAAUGCAGCAGCGUCACCGCAGUGGUCUGUAUUUGGCUUCAGCACGCCCCCGCUCCUGUGAAAAGGGCGAGGGGUGGAAAGGAGCCCUCGGGCCAGAGCUCCAAAUGGGGGUAGGAGCAGGGGCAAGGAGAGGGAGUGCCUCUGUCAUUGACACUCUGAGGGGCAACAACGUCACUCUUCAUAUGCUCCUGCAACCUCUAACCUCUGGGCCCUGCAGCCCACAGAGAGCUGCCAGUCCUGCCCCCACAUCACCAGACAACCAAACAGAGAACAGCCCAUCUGAGUUCUGCUCCGAGGCAGAGGACAGCACCCCUUUUCCAAGUGCGUUGCCUGCCCCCCUCCUCCUGGCCCUCCCUGACCCCACACACUCUGAGGCCCGGCGUCUUAGUGACUCUUCUGUUGAAUCCCAGACAUUGGAAGCCACCAAUGCGAGCAGGGUUAAAUCUGUGUCAGGUGGGCGGAGGCAUUCAGACUUCAGCACCCUGCUGAGUCGAAACUAUGCCUAUCAUCAUCACCACCACCACCAAGGCACACCCAGAAAGCACCUCUGCCAGGCCUGCUUCUCUCUGCUGCUGCAGAAGUCACAAGAAGGGGGGCACAAGCAGCAGCACAUCGCCUUUCCCUUCCCACCACACCCCUGUGGGGUAGCGACAACUGCAGGAUCAGGAGGGGUGAAAGGUCAAAGUCAAAUAGGAAGUGACUGCUCUGACCUCUUCUUACUACAACAGAACCUGAUGAACAUCAUCAGCCGUAAAACCACCAUAUCCAACAAGGGCCAACCCUCCCUCCUCCACCUGCCUGCAGCCCAGCAGCCUGCCAAGAACUAUGGGGAUGGGAGUCUGAACUUACCCCAGAGAGGCAGCUUCAGUGGUGGCCACACUACACCUCCUCUGGCCACGCCCACACAGGACCGCAGGGCCAGCUACUGCGCUGGGGAGCACAGAGCCACCGGGCCCCUGGGAGUGUCCAGUGCUGUGCACACCUUGCUCCAGAACCAUGCGUCUCUCCAGAGCCAGCCUGCCCCGGCCCCGCACACCCACCUGCAAUACCUCCAGCCUGGCCACAGCUACCCCAUCGCUCCCCAGGUCAUUCAACAGACACCCACCACAGCCAGCUUCUCAGCUGUAGCUUUACAUCACACCCCAGCCUCAGCAAGUUACUCUGCAUCAAACAUUCCCCUGCAACAGAAUCAUACCGGACAGAGCUACCCAGCUCCACCUCAGCAACAGACAGCAACAAGUUAUACAACUGCAAAUGUACCACUUCAACAGCCUGCAGCAAGCUUUUCAGCGACAACCAUGCCCCAGCAGCAGCCACACAACGCAGCAAGCUACACAGUAGCAACAAUGCCAAUCCAGCAGACACCAACUCCACAGAGUUAUGUUGCUCCAGCUCUGCAACAGCUGACUCAAACUGCAGCGAGCUAUGCAGCUGCAGCUCUGAAACAAAACCCAACACCAGCAAGCUUCUCAGAAGCAGCAGCCUUGUCUGUCCAACAGACUGUAUUGGCCGCUACCAUAGCAGCAGCAACAAAACCCUCUCAACCAGCUGCACAGAACUACUCCACUCCAGUGGGGCAUCUCCAACAGACUGCACCCACACAGAGUUAUGCAUCUGUAGCCUCAACUGUGGUCCACACCGUACCUAUACCCAGUCUCCCUACUUGGACCCCCAGUGUAGCAACACAACCUCUAGCUUCUGUUGUGCCUCCCCCAGUCCAGCCUUGCCCAGCCCCACACAGCCUCACAGACAAAGCCAUGCCUCCCAUUCUGCAGCCUGGCCAGUCUAGUCCCAUGCUUCACAGACAACAGACAAUGCAGGUCCCCAUUCAGCAGCAACACUGCCAGCAAAUGGCACAGACCGCUGUCCAACAGGAUAGUCCCAUGCAGCACAGCCAACCGACAGUGCAGGUCCCCCUACCCCAACACAGCCAGCCAAUGGUCAAGCCUACUGUCCAACAGGCUCCAGUUGUCCAGCGCUACCAGUCACCUGCCCAUACUGAGCAGCAAGGUUCAACCCUCCAGAGUUACCCCAGUUCUGUACCCCUGAUAGGGCAACAGAACUCGGCUUCACAGAGCUACCCACCCUCAGACCCACACACACAACAGGCUGCUUCACAGAGCUACCCACCCACAGCCACACAGGCUGCAAUGGUGCAAGGCUACACAUCACUCCAACCCAGUGUGAUGGGUCAGGCCUAUCCAUCUGCUCAAGCUCCACAGCAGGUCGCAGACCCACAGACCUACCCAGUGGCCCCCAUAGUGCAACAACAGACUGGGACUACUGCACAGCACAGCCAGAUCCAGGUGGCCCCGCUACCCCCAGGCCAGCAGAGUUGGUACUAUCUCCACAACCCAGCUUUCCCGAACCAGAAUGUCCCUGGGGGUCAAAGCCUUCCCCAGCACCACCAAUCAUUAUCUAGUCUGCCUGCCCAGGCACUGCCUCCUCAGAAGCCAUUGGCUCAGGCCUCUGACCCUCUGCAGUUGCAGCCACUACAGAUGUCCACUUCUCUUCCACCAACACACCUUUCACAGUUUCCCUCACUGUAUCCCAACAUCCAAGUGGUGACACCUCUGGCUGGAUGUGACUCCUACCCUCACACCUGCCAUGUUCCCCAGUCCUACCCCUCCUCCACUGCCCCGUCUCUGCCCCCUCUCUACCUCUCCCUAGGCCAGCCUGCCACUCUGCCCCCCUCUGUCUCGCCCCUUGCCCCCCUGAACGCUCUGGUGCCACCCACCUCUGUGUCCUUGAUACCCUCAUCCACAACCCUGCUGGCCAUGGCAGCACCCACACUGCCACAGCACCUGCAGAUGUACCCUGCUGUUUUGCACCAGAGUGUUAUGACACACCCCCACACACAACAACCUACUCACUCACACUCUGCCUCACUCCCUAGACAACAGAACACACAACUGCAGAAUACGCACCACAUGAACCCAGACCAUUCUGCCCUACCUGUUCAACACAACCCACACCCCACAUACUCACACCAUGCCGCUGCACCUGAGCUUGCUCUGCACAGCUCUCAGCCAUUAAGACAGGUCAAGCAGCAGACCCAGCUUCCAGAUCCAGUCCACCCCUCCCAGCCUACCCAUCCUGCAGUUUUCUCCACUCCAAUACGUAGUGGGCCGGACAGGGGCACAGUUGCUGCCGCAGCCCAGCUUGACCAGAACCUCAGCCAAAACCUGUCGCAGCGUCAGGCACUAGGCCAGAACCAGAGCCAACCCCAGGCUCCAGCGUCACAGCCACUAGGCUCCCAGACAGCAGGACCUGGGCCUGCCAGCACCAGCUUGACACAGCGGAACCAGGCCAGUGCCAGCACAGGGACCAGGGUCACCUCAGCACAGCCUCUAACAGAGUCCAAUCUGGAGGAUCUUGGUGCAGAGAAGCAGGCGUCAGGGGCCAGCUACUCCUACGACAGUGUGAACUCCGAUGCCACCUCAGGGAAGGAGAUGAGCGACGGUAAUGAGGGGGGACACGGGUCAGGGAAGGGCGAGGGCAAGGUCCGGAAACCCCACCGCCGCUCCACACGCACCCGCUCACGCCAAGAGAAGAUCAACAAGCCCAAACUCAGCAUGCUCAACGUGUGUAAUACAGGGGAUAAGAUGGUGGAGUGUCAGCUGGAGACCCACAACCACAAGAUGGUCACCUUCAAGUUUGACCUGGACGGAGACGCACCUGAGGAGAUCGCCACUUACAUGGUGGAGAAUGACUUCAUCCUGCUCCUGGAGAAGGAGAUGUUUAUAGAGCAGCUGAAGGACAUUGUGGACAGGGCUGAGGAUCUGCUGAGUGAAGACACGGAGGGCGAGAGGAGCUCUGACCACGUGGGCAGUCCUCAACAGAGCCACGGAACAGUCAUACUGGGGGGAGAGGGUUCAAAGACUGCUACACCUAAUUCACCACAGCUUGUUUACCAGCAGAACGUCCUCCACACUGGGAAGCGCUGGUUCAUUAUCUGCCCCGUGGCCGAGACGCCCACGCCAGACAGGGAGAAGACCUCAUCAGACGCCUCUACAGCCAAGGAGGCUCCUGAUAUGUCAUUGUCUAGGUCCAGCUGCAGUACUACUCCUCCUGUUCCUGCCCUGACCACCACAGCCCCUACUCCAGCCACUUCUGCCCUCCCUGCACCCCAGAGCUCUAUUCAGCCUCAGGACCCCAAUGUGGGCAAGGCCAGAAUGCAGCAGCCCCAGGCCUCUGGAACCAAACCCACCACCAAUAGUACCACUGCUGCUGUGGGCCGCCACGAGCCCUGUGUCUCCAUGGUAACAGACAUCCCAUGCUGCCCCAUUGUUCCACCCGUGUCUCUGGAUGUGAAUGGGGUGGAACAUAAAGGGGCGAGCAGCUCUUCCUCCUGUCUACCCAAUCAGGGGGCCAGCCUGUCAGGAGACCCGCCCCCUCUGGGCUCCCACCAACCUGUGGUCUUGCAGCAGCCCUACGCCACACCUAGCAUGGUGGGUGGAGGAGGUGGAGCCACAACACCAUCACAGCCCCAGAGUCCAGCCCACCAGGCCUCCCAGCAGCAGGAUGGACCUGGUGGAUCCGGGAGUGGAGGUGGUGGGGGCCUGGGGGAGUCUGAUGGAGAGGGCCCCCCCAGGGUGGAAUUUGUGGACCGCACGAUCAAGACUCUUGAUGAGAAGCUGAGGAACCUGCUGUACCAGGAGUAUGCCCCAUCUGCUCCCUCCAGCACCGCCUCAGACCUCCAGGGCUUCAGCACAGAGGGGGUCAGCUCUCCCCUUGUCUCUGACAGCCAGACCAUCACAGAAGGGGGGCUCCCCAGGAAGGGAGAGCUGCUGCCUCAGAUCCCUGAGCGUACAGAUAGUUUGGAUACCCUGAGUGACACUGCAGGUGUGCUGAACACUGACAUGAUGGGCGGUUCCAGUUCCUAUGGCUCCAAGAGCCGUUUUCAGAUCGUCCCCACUCCUCCAGACGUCAUCAUCCGUCGUUUAGAGAAGGGCAGAAGUCGCAGCACCUGCAGCUCCACGGCUCCCUCUAGUGGCUCGGGGGGCUCUCACGCUGCAGCUGAGGGGGGAGGAUGGCGAGACCAGGGGUGUAUGGCCGUGGGCAGGUUCUCAGUGAUAACCACCGAAGAGGGGCUGGAAAACACAGCCAAACCUCACUGUAGCCACCGCUACUCAGCCCCGCCAGACUUCUACCAGGACACUCCCACCUCCAGCCCCAACGCCACCCCCACCCUGCUCCCACGCGCCCACACUGCUGAUGCUGCCACAAACUACUCCUUCCACUUCGACUCUGACUCAGGGGAGGAGGACACCAGUAGUUUAGCCCCUACCCCUGCCCACCACAAGCCUCCAGUCCACGCACUCUCGGAACACGGCGGAAGUGACCUCAUGAAGAGGGCAGUGGCCUUCCUACGCCGCACGGGCCGCAGCAGCAGUGUGCAGAGCUCUGAUUCGCCGAGCCGGCAACCAGCGGUAGCGAAUGGCCACGCCCUCUCGCUGCCUGGACCCGGCCCCGCAUCGUACAUCAGCAGUGACAACGAUUCUGAGUUUGAGGAUGCGGACAUGAGGAAGGAGCUGCAGAGGCUGAGGGAAAAACACAUGAAGGAGAUCUCAGAGCUGCAGGCGUUCCAGAGGAAUGAGAUCGAGCAUCUGUAUAAAGAGGUGGGGAAAGCCCUGCCGCCUGGUGUAGGCCUGCUGCACGCUGCGCCCCCUAGUGGCCGCAGACGUAGGGCCAGCAAACACAAGCUGAAGGCGGGCAAGCUGCUCAACCCCACGGUGCAGCAGCUGAAAAACAACCUGAACACCACCACUGCCGGUGAGAGUGCACCAGGCUUGUCUGGCUCUCCAGCUAAGAGCUCCAUCAUGUCUGAUGGCUCUGCCUGCUCCAGUGGCAGCAGCAGUAGUACCAGCAGCACUCUGCCCAGCACGGCCCCACAACCCGUUCAGACCCAGCAGCCCUGUUCUCUCAAGGGCUCCCUCUCCUCUGACAGCAUCUAUGGUGGUGGCAUGGCCACACACGCUGGCCCAGGGCAAGGAUGGACGGUAUACCACCAAACGUCAGAGAGAGUGACCUAUAAAUCUAGUAGCAAACCGCGUGCUAGAUUCCUCAGUGGACCCGUGUCUCUGUCCAUCUGGUCCACACUGAAACGACUAUGUCUAGGCAAAGAACGCAGUAGUAGGUCUUCUCACGGCACCAGUGCAACACAGACAGCGUCCAAUCAGCAACAGCCACCAGCUGUUCCCACCCCUUCGUCAUCUCCUCAACCAAUGGCGGCUCUAGCUCAGGCCCAGACGAACAACAGCAACAACAAGAAGCCAGGCACCUUCACGGACGACCUGCACAAGCUGGUAGAUGAUUGGACGAAGGAGACGCUGGCGGCCAAUCAGCCACGGCCCUCUCUGAACCAAAUCAAACAGCAGAGACGCAGGCAGGACCUGGAGGGCCGAGCCACGCCCAUGGGAGGAGCCACACAGGAGGUGAGAUGUGCCAUCCUUCCAAACAAGUUCCAGCUGCCUCUGUCCUGUCCACUGACAGUUGUAGGCCUAGCCAUGCCCACUGACCUGGGCUCCAACCCCUCUGCCAUGCUCCAGCCUGGGUACCUGGUACCCGCAGGUCCUUAUGGAGGGGUUGUGCCCGGCCCCUUAUACCCCCAGCAGUGGUCUGGUAUGCCCAGUCCUGUGGGGAUGAUUGGGACAGCGGGAGGAAUGCCCUACCCCACCAUGGCCAACCCAGGGUUGCAGGCAUACCCCCUUACCCUGCACAGCCCUGAGAACGGCCCUAACACCAGGACUACCUAAUGUGACAAAUGGCACCAUCUUGCACCCAGCAACCCCCCCACCCCAUUGCACCUGAUGCUCAAAACAGACUGCCCCCAGUGUUCCCCUCUAUCUCAGCACCCUCACAUCAGGUCUUACCUAAUUCUGUGCUAAUAAACCUAACUCCACUCUGUCCCCCCUGGUUCUCACUCCAGGGUUACAAUUGUAAUGAAAUCAGUCUAAUCACUUUUAAUGGGGUGAUGGGAUGGAAAAUAGAAUAAAGGGCCCACACAUUUAGAUGCACCAACAAAUGGCUUAUGGGUUGUUCCACCUUAAAAAGCACGAGGAUUUUGACAACCACCAUCUCUGAUUGUGCUAAAAUUGUUUCUGUAGUUAGAAACAUAAGAUUAGCAUUCCUCAAACAAUUUGUUGAAGUAUAAUUUAUUGCAACACCCUUUUUUUAAAUUUCACUGAUAUUUAAGUGUAUUAAAUGGAUCACAUUUUCUUUACAACAUUGGGUAGAAAACCAAUGGCUUUGGCUCAAGGGAAUAUGUUACAUAGGAUGAAGAAGCAAUACUCCAAGUCAGACAUAGAGAACUGUUGCUGUAAACUGGGUGGGAUUGGUGUGGGGGGUCCGUGGGUGGUGUUUGACCAUUUUUAUUGGAUUCCUUGUGUCUUACUUAAUUGUUGGAAGAAGUUAGUACCAAACAUACGAUUUGGGUCAAUGUGAAUCCUAUAAAUUUAAAAGGGCCAAUUUGGGUACAAUCAAUUAGCUUAAUUUCUCAAAUUUAAACAAUGUUGCAAGAAUGCCAAUCUUAUGUUUCUAACUACAGAAACGAUUUCAGAACAAUCUGAGAUGGUGUCAUGGCUUGCUGGGAUGACUCUUGUGUUGAGUACACAUAAGAGUGUGUCUGAGUACUGGCCUCGACUUGACUGUACUACUCAACCCCUCCAGUGUUCCUAUAUGCAGGAUAGUCCUGCUCCGCUCUGAUUAUGUGGUUUGAUGCUUUAUCAAAGAGUAACAUGCAUGUAAAUAACCUGUGAGCUUGUAAAUCUCCAGUGUGCAGGUAGAUGUAUAAACUACAACACCUGAAGUUUUACUGUGUGUGCUUGUGCACAGUAUAAAUGUGUGUGUGUGUGUGUCAGAGUACCUACUGCUUUGGUCUUGACUAAACUCAGUCAUACAAAUAAUAUUAGCGGUCACCAAUGCGACGUUUUCACCAAAUCCAUAAACCAAUAAGCAGUAAUGUUUUCAGAAAGCUUUUUAUCGUUUAACGUUUUGUCAACCUUAAUACACUACAUUAGAAAUGAGAAUACAAGGGUUUAAGAUGACAGGAUACCUGUAUUUAAGGUGAAAUUCUCUGGAGGAGUGCCUUGAACAUAGCUUUUUCUGUGAAAUGAAGCCUGUCCAAAUCACAUGGAUUUUAUUUAAUGGUGCCUUGAGUGCCACUUAAUUGUUUUAAUGCUUUGCAGACACUUUUUGGUUUACAUUUGAAUGCCCUUGUAGCACUGCACUAUUAACACAGUAUAUGCGUUCAUUUAAGUAAUAAAAUCAUGUUUUUAAUCUUUUGUUUAUGCCACCCUUGUGAAAUUUAGAACGCCAUAGACGUGAAAUGGACACUUGCCUUGCGAGAACAGGCAGUUGAUGUAGCUACAGUUAAUAAGAGUGAACAUAAAUCAAAACCCACUCAUUGGGCAGUGGUUAGUGGCAUAGAGUUAGAAUUCAUAGGAUUAACUUUCCAAUUCAAGUCAAUGUUCCCCAAUGGAUGGAUCAAUUGAAUUCUCAUUCAAUAUUUGUAGGUCUGUUUUUAGAGGGGAGCCAGUAGUGUCCAGCUCAGAAUGUAGCAGAGGCAGGUUUGCCGAGCGAGACUUAAAGUGCAAUUUCACCCCUCCACCUAGCUUUCGUAGUGGCCUUGCCACAAGCCUUAUCCAGGAACCUGCAACGGGAGCUAGUUUAUUUUGUUGCCUUUUUAGUUGAACGUAAGUUACAAAUCACAAAGAGAACACUAACUGCAUUUACAACUGCAAACUAUUUUCUGUUGGGCCAAGAGCAUGGCUCCUAUUAUUAAACACGUGAUUUAAUUAGUGGAAUUACCAGUUAUUUACUCGUCUAAUGUAUUGUUUUGUGUUUCUUGAGCUUGAUGUCGAUGCUGCUAGUGUGUCUGGUUGAUCCAUUAAGAAGGAAAGGAGGAGUUAGGGUGUGUAGCUUGAUAACACGACACAAGCUGAUACACAUCCCUCCAGUAAUAAAGACCUUUUUUAGAGGAUAAGUUUUCUCAAUGAGAUCUUCAUGUGAAGCAGUGUUAUUAUAUUGCCUUGUUGACAUUAUUAAAUGAUGGAUCAUUUCCCAGGUGGUUUUUGAUACCCUGGCUUUCUUUUCUUUAUGGUUUUGAGUGUUUGAUUCCUCUGUUCAGAAUGAAACAUGGAUACUUGAUUGAGGAGAAUUGCACAUGACCUGUGUUCUAACCAUAGCCUGUAUGAAAUGGAUUCCCAACUUGUAAAAAUAUGAUCGUGUGCCAUUUGGCAGACGCUUUUAUCCAAACUGACUCAGUCAUGCGUGCAUACAUUUUUACAUAUGGGUGGUCUGGGAAAUCGAACCCACAAUCGUGGCAUUGCAAGCACCAACUGUUCAAUAUGUAUCCCAACAUACCUGUACAUAAUGGGAUUAACCUCCUCCUUAUCCUCCUGACCAUUGAAAGAGCAGUUCAGAACAGUUCAAACUGUUCAAAUAUUGUCCAUACAGCAAGAUUAUUAUUACACCGCCAGCUAGAAAUCUCACAACCACCACACCAGUUAAAGGUUGCAGCACUCCAGUCCUGCAAAGCUGUGAAUUGUACAGUUUUCCUGUAGUUAGUAUUUGUACAUUUUCUUUGUCUGUUUUGAAAUUUCACAUCAGUGUUUGUUAUUCCAUCAAUUCGGUUUGAAUUGGACUUUUAUAGGAUAUUAUGCAGUCUUCUGCUUUGGUGAAAUACUUCUAGUAUUAAGAGAUUUCUGUUCUCUGUUACUCGUCUCUAACAGUAAUGCUACACCUCCCUGUCUUAUGCUUAGUGAGCAGAAAACCUCUGGAAUAUUCACUGGGAGGCAACAUUCAGAUCCAUAGAAAUGGAUUGUAUAGAGCCAAUACGAGGAAUAGCGCACUGUGCUUCUACUGAUCAUUGCAGUACUGAGCAACAUUGCCUCCUGUUGAAUAUGCACCACCUUAUGGAAGGCUUGCAAAAAAGCUCUGUGUGGGAUUUGCUUCUGCCUGCUGUGCAUUUCCCACUAUACUACCUUACCAACCCAGUCAGCCCCACUCUAAUCACAAAGACUGUACAUGUUUUAAAGAGAUAAAUAAACAUUAUUUUGUGCUUGA